UUAUUAUUUAUAAAAAUGUCAGAUCGGAGACAUCCAGACGAGGAAGAGGAGGAAGACGACGACGAUGAUGAUGAUGAUGAUGAUGAUGACAGUGAAAGUGAAUCCAGUCAGACACGGAGUGGUUCCUCCUUUACUGCUUUUUUGGGCAGUAUAAUUUCAGGUUUUUUAAGAAACUGGGGCUGUUUCCGAAGUGUCAACAUGCUGAACGUUCCGACCCAGUCCUUCCCAGCACCGAGCUCCCAACAGCGGGUCGGUUCGUCCGGUCAGUCCGGGAGGAACAAGGUGUCGCUGAAGCCUGGCCACAGCCUGAUGGACUGGAUCCGGUUUUCCAAGAGUGGAAAAGAUCUGACCGGUCUCAGGGGGCGUCUGAUCGAGGUUACCCAGGAAGAGCUGCAGAAGCACAACACAAGAAGUGACUGCUGGACCUGCAUACGAGGCAUGGUUUACAACGUGACGCCCUACAUGGACUACCACCCUGGCGGCGAAGAGGAGCUGAUGAAGGCAGCGGGAAUAGAUGGCACCGACCUCUUUGACCAGGUCCAUCGCUGGGUGAACUACGAGUCCAUGCUGAAAGAGUGCCUGGUGGGCAGAAUGGCCACUAAAGUCCCUGCGGCCAUUAAAGCAAUCAUCCCUCCUCCACCGUCCGGCUUCGCUCCUCCUGCUUCAGUGGCUCCUCCGCCAGACAAAGACUCUCGACCUCGGUACGACUGGUUCCAGACUGAUGUGACCGUUAAUCUGGUGGUUUAUACCAAAAGAAAGAUCCCCAGCUCGGGCUGUACCGUCGCUGACCUCCAGGGGGGCGUCCUACGACUGGAGGUGCUCCUGGGAAAAAUGUCCUACAUGAUACAUUUACGCCUCGCCGAUGAAGUCGAGGGAAACAUAGCCGUCCACACUGCCUCCUCUGUGGGUAAGAUCCAGGUCAGCAUACGCAAGCAGGCGAGAGAGAAGUGGACGAGCCUCGGUCAACCACUGGAAUCCCACAACACAUUUCUACGCAAAAAAGACAGAGCUCUCUUCUACCGGGAUUGUGUGCUGGUGUCUAAAACCGAGGUGAACCACAACACCUACGUGUUCAGACUGCAGAUGUCACGUGGGACUGUCAUGCACGUUCCUGUUGGGAAACACGUCUACCUCAGAGCUCUGAUCGAAGAUACUGAGGUAGUACGACCGUACACUCCAGUGGAACAGAAUCUGGCAGCGUCCCCCCAGAAGUCCUCACAGGACUCAGACCUCUACCUCAUGAUUAAAGUCUACGCAGAUGGAGUUUUCACCCCACAUCUCAACAGCCUGCACAUCGGCGACCAUAUAUCUGUCAGCGGUCCAGAGGGAACCUUCAGUCUCCGCCCCCUUAGUGAUGUCACCGACCUCUACCUAUUAGCAGCAGGCACAGGGUUCACGCCGAUGGCGCGUCUCAUUCGUGUGGCGCUUCAGGAUGUUGACACCAUCAGAAAAACCCAGCUGCUGUUUUUUAACCGUCAGAAGGAGGACAUUCUGUGGCGCCGUGAACUGGAUGAACUGGUGGCUGAUAAUGAACGGUUUCAGGUGGAGUACGUCCUGUCCGAGCCCGGGGAGGGCUGGACGGGGAGGAGAGGUCGGGUGGACGAGUCUUUGCUGAAGGAACUCCUGAUCAGGCCAGACGGGUCCAAAUGUUACGUGUGCGUGUGCGGCCCCACGGCCUUCACCGAGCUCACACUGGGGCUGUUAAAGCAGAUUGGAUUCAGUGAAGAGGAGCUCCAUGCCUUCCAGGGUUGAUGAGUCUUCAUCAACUUAACUCCACCUGCAAAGACCGUGAGAGUGGGUCGACUGUAAUUUAUAAACUAGUCUGUGUGGAAUGAGGGAUCACUGAAUUUCUAUGCACCAAUGAACACGAUGAUGCCGACAACCACGACCCGGGCUUCGUUCGAUGGGCUCAGAGGAAACUGUGCAGGGAAGAUGUCAGGACUCUGGAGGUGUAAAAUAAAAGCAAGAAACUGAUCUCCUAAUAAAUAUGCAGUGUAAAACAGAAAGAAGGCGCAUGUGGUUCUAAGUGCGUAGCAACUUUUUUUUUCUUCCCCUUUUAUGUUACGGUUGCAAAAGUUGUUACAACUUCAGUGAAAUAAAAUGAUUAUGGGGAACUUUUUACCCAAA